CGAAGUCGCGCCUGCGAGCCCACGUGGAUGCGAUGCGAUGCGCUCCACGCUCAGGCUCCCAUCAGCAGCGUGAUCCAGGGCGGCAACGACCGGGCAGCUAGAGCGCGUGCGUGGUGAGUGAGUGGUGCUGCUGGUGCGUGAGGCGUGAUGCGCGGUACACGCACGGCAGUUAUGGCAGUUGGUUGGCACACAGUUGCGCUUUUGAUUACACGCCAAAGGGUCGGCCGCUCUUAUUGAUUUCGAUCCAGAAGGAAGUUCCACCUUGCAAGCCGAAGCUGACCAAUAGCUCGACCUGACUGCGAACCAAACUCUCACAACCACCCUCGUCCAGCACGACGAACAAUCGCAUCUUCAACGUCGCACUCGGUGACGUUACGCAUCAAUCUUUUGAUAGCACAGAUUCAGCCAGCCCAUCAUGUCCGACUCUGAGGGGGAGAAGCCCAAGACGUUCACGCUGCAAACUGUGGCGUUCGACGCUCGCUUUCCCAACCAGAACCAGACCAAGCACUGCUGGCAAAACUACGUAGACUACUUCAAGUGCACCAACGCAAAGGGAGAGGACUUCCCAGCAUGCAAGCAAUUCUACCGAGCUUUUCACAGUCUGUGCCCCAGUGAGUGGAUUGCCAAGUGGGACGAACAACGCGAAUCGAACACCUUUCCUCACUCUUUGGACCCUUAGAGGAUGCAUGGGUCAAAAUCGCAUCGGCGGCAAUCCGCCCACGCCAGUGAAUUAGAGUGAUAAUCACAGGCUCAAACUCGGCUCUCCACUUGCCGGGGAAGACGUGAGACUGCAAUAAAUAGCAUGCAAUGGCCAUUUCCAUGGAGCGCUGGUUGUUUAUGCGCGCGACGGGAUUACAGAGGAGGGAC